UUCUCCAAACAUUUCCCAAAAUUCCAUUCAAACCCCGCCCAGCCCCUCCCUGCUCUCUGCUUUCCUUCUCUUCUUUCUCUCUCCGCGACAUUCCUCAGUUCCCCUGAGAGGCGUUGCAGAGAGAGACCCCACCCCCACUUCCCAUUCCCUCCUUCCAGCUUCAAAUGGCUUCUUCCAGGCUCUCCUUCGGUGUUUUGACCUUUCUUCCCGCUCUCAUUCUCGCUCUCCUCAUGCCCUCUGCUGUUCAUGCUCAAUCCCCUGCUUCCGCCCCUGCCCCUACUAGCGACGGGACGGCCAUUGAUCAAGGAAUCGCGUACGUGCUGAUGUUUUUGGCGUUGGUACUCACAUAUCUCAUCCACUCGGCCGAUGUCUCCGGCUUCUGAAUUUCAAGAUGGAUAGGUUGACGGAGGAUGCUAGGUUCAGACUAGAUUGUGUUUGGUUUAAACAAUGUGAGCCAUAGUGAGUUUCCCACACGAUUUCUUCAACAGUUACUUUUUUCCGUCUGGUCGAACUCAUUGGUGCUGUAUACCGAGCUUGUGCUUCCCUACUGAUUUUUCAUAUUCAAUGUUAUGACUGUAGCAGAUAUUCAUAUUUUCCUUUAAGUCAAUCUUCAAACUAGUUUAAUUAA